UUUGAGCGCCAGUUUCCAAAGUGUCAACAUCCGAAGCUACUGGCUCGAGUCUAUCCUGGGACCACCUACGGGGAGUCGUGUAUCAAUCUAUCUAUCUAUCAGGAUGCUCCAUCUGCUAUAUAAAUGACAUCAAUCUCAACAAUCGACUUGUUCGUGGAUCACCUGAACCCCACCACCUCACUAUAGCUCGAAUCCGCAAUCUUUCUUUGCUGGUCAAAGAAAAAAGCAUACCGUUUUCAUCUGUCUCGCAACUCAAAAUCCUGUCCCACAUCUGCCUCAAAUCGCUUUUUUUCAUUCUCGCAAUGCUUAGAUUCUUCAAUACGCACUCAGCUCGCCCCUGUUGGGUCGCUCUCAAGUUCCGCUUCACCUUGAUCUGUGGUCUCCUCUUCUUUCUUGCAGUUACAACAGCAAUCCCACUCGUUACAUCUAACCCGCUCGAGGUCGAAGUGGGUAAUUCUGCGGAAUCGAUCGCUUUGAGUCUCCGGACUCGCACCGAUACAUUCGUUACUCGCAGUGUUUCUGUGGAAUUCACUGGCGGUGUUAAACCAACCAUGCGCAAAACGGAUCACAGGGAUAUACAGGGUGCUGUCCAUAUUCUUCUACAAGCCUCAUUACCUGUGUUGGACGAAAACGCGCACUCGAUCAGCAUCAUUGAAUGGGCGCAGUGGCCCAAGCGGCCCAAUCCUACUCGAAGUGAUUCGGAGGAGUUCACUGUCAGAUUGGAGCCUACAGGACUUUCCAAACUGAUCAAGAGCCCGACCGUGUAUAAGGGAUACUUGUGGCUCGAGGAUGGCAUAGUCAGCGGUCGCCUGACAAUGCCUCCUAGUACUAGUAGGGAAGUAUUCUCCAGUAACGCCAGAAAGAUCAUUAGUGGUGAGAAAACAGUUGCCGAAGUAAUACACGGAGUUCUGGUAUAUCCAAAGGUCCGUAUUGUUUACAAGUCUACAAGAUGAUAUUCAUUUGUGUCCUAAAAUUACCUCCAUUAGUCCUCAAUACGAAGCUGAUAGGAUUCAGACGAAAUGAGGCCUGGCGUUGGCGAAGCGUUGGGGCUUGUAGGGGCUUGUUGAUUCUUUGUACAUACUGUAGUUACAUAAAUUUUGAUUCAAUACACUAGACUCCGAGCGCC